GUUUUCAGGGCCUGGGCGAUGACUUUAGCACCAGACACCGGCUCCUGGCUGCGCUCUGCGAAGUUACUGUCCGGCAUCUUCCACCGAAAAGCUCUAGGCACUCACGCAGCCGACAAACAAAAGGAAUCACCCAGCAAGGUAAACGCGAAGACGGCGGCACGCCACCUGUGGGACAGGAGGGCAACCAACUGCCUUAAACAACGGGAAGGAAGAGGCGGUCUAAAUUCGUCCACUCCCCGGGAGAGGUGAGAAUGUAAACACGCGCGUUCUCCAAUCAGAACUGCGCUCUCUUCCCGGCUCCUCCAUUCGCGCGCCAGAGUGCCAGAGGGAGGCGGGACUAGCAGGAGAUUGCUGCCUAUGCAAAGCAGAUUUAUGGUCUGCAUUAUGUCUGGAACCAGAAGUAAGCUUGCUCUUUUCCUCUGCGGCUGUUACGUGGUUGCUCUGGGAGCCCACACGGGGGAGGAGAGCGUGGCUGAACAUCACGAGGCUGAAUAUUACGUGGCUGCGGUGUACGAGCAUCCAUCCAUCUUGAGUCUGAACCCUCUGGCUCUCAUCAGCCGCCAGGAGGCCUUGGAGCUCAUGAACCAGAACCUUGACAUCUAUGAACAGCAAGUGAUGACUGCAGCCCAAAAGGGUGUACAGAUUAUAGUGUUUCCAGAAGAUGGCAUUCAUGGAUUCAACUUUACAAGAACAUCCAUUUAUCCAUUUUUGGACCUCAUGCCAUCUCCCCAGGUGGUCAGGUGGAACCCAUGCCUGGAGCCUCACCGCUUCAAUGACACGGAGGUGCUCCAGCGCCUGAGUUGUAUGGCCAUCAGGGGAGAUAUGUUCUUGGUGGCCAAUCUUGGGACAAAGCAGCCUUGUCAUAGCAGUGACCCAGGGUGCCCAAAAGAUGGGAGAUACCAGUUCAACACAAAUGUCGUGUUCAGCAAUAAUGGAACCCUUGUUGACCGCUACCGUAAACACAACCUCUACUUUGAGGCAGCAUUUGAUGUUCCUCUUAAAGUGGAUCACAUCACCUUUGAUACCCCCUUUGCUGGCAGGUUUGGCAUCUUCACAUGCUUUGAUAUAUUGUUCUUUGACCCUGCCGUCAGACUCCUCAGAGACUACAAGGUGAAGCAUGUUGUGUACCCGACUGCCUGGAUGAACCAGCUCCCGCUCUUGGCAGCAAUUGAGAUUCAGAAAGCUUUUGCUGUUGCCUUUGGCAUCAACGUUCUGGCAGCUAACAUCCACCACCCAGUUCUGGGGAUGACAGGGAGUGGCAUACACACCCCUCUGGAGUCCUUUUGGUACCAUGACAUGGAAAAUCCCAAAAGUCACCUUAUAAUUGCCCAGGUGGCCAAAAAUCCAGUGGGUCUCAUUGGUGCAGAGAAUGCAACAGGUGAAACGGACCCAUCCCAUAGUAAGUUUUUAAAAAUUUUGUCAGGCGAUCCGUACUGUGAGAAGGAUGCUCAGGAAGUCCACUGUGAUGAAGCCACCAAGUGGAACGUGAAUGCUCCUCCCACAUUUCACUCUGAGAUGAUGUAUGACAAUUUCACCCUGGUCCCUGUCUGGGGAAAGGAAGGCUAUCUCCAUGUCUGUUCCAAUGGCCUCUGCUGUUAUUUACUUUACGAGAGGCCCACCUUAUCCAAAGAGCUGUAUGCCCUGGGGGUCUUUGAUGGGCUUCACACAGUACAUGGCACUUACUACAUCCAAGUGUGUGCCCUGGUCAGGUGUGGGGGUCUUGGCUUCGACACCUGUGGACAGGAGAUCACAGAGGCCACGGGGAUAUUUGAGUUUCACCUGUGGGGCAACUUCAGUACUUCCUAUAUCUUUCCUUUGUUUCUGACCUCAGGGAUGACCCUAGAAGUCCCUGACCAGCUUGGCUGGGAGAAUGACCACUAUUUCCUGAGGAAGAGUAGGCUGUCCUCCGGGCUGGUGACGGCGGCUCUCUAUGGGCGCUUGUAUGAGAGGGACUAGGAAAAGUAUGUGGUCUGUGGGGCGGACUCUGGCAUCAUGUUGACAGCCUUGCACUUCCACAGGCUACAAGCCCUGGGACCACCUUUCUGCCUUAAGGGCAGGAGCCCACUUCUGUGGCACCAGAUUCCACCCUGGGAACUGUGGAACGAGUAGGAGAGGCAGAUUCCCUCAGUGUCUUCCUCUUAAACGUCAAUCAUCGAGACAUUAGGAGGUAUUUUCUAUUCACAUUUAUCUUUUUCAAGCCACAUCUUCCUCUAACAAAUCUCUCAGUAUGCAAUUGGUCUCCAGCUAAAACAAAAAUAAAUGUCACUUUAUAUUUUACACAUCCACAAA